AGAUUUACACACACACUCGCAACUUUUUAUCUAUGCUACCCACACAUUUACAAAUUUAUUUUUCCGACUGUCAAAACAAAAUUCUGAGUGAGAGCACCGGACCUAAUAAAAAUUUUUACUGUAGUAUGAAUUUUAUGCGUUAGAGCGAGUAAGUGGAAAUGAAGCAAAAUUUGACAGCUUUGAUCACAGAGGCUGUGACUUUAGCAAAAGUUUGACAUCUUUGAUCACAGUAGGCUGUAAAUAAAAGCGUUAAUUUUGCAAAAACAUUUGAAGGUAAGAGAACGUUUUAACAAUUUGCAUUGUUUAUAAUGGAAUUUUUUUCUUUUAGAUUGCCGAAACACUGCGAUUUAAUCAUAUAAUUAAGAUUUGCGAUUUUUCAUUCUAAAUUUAUCUUCGACCCUGCUACCACGGAACAUCAACGCCACCUCCAGUCAGGCACCACACCAGCAUAUCCACCACCUUCAACGCCGCCACCAAUAAACAGCGCUGCAUACAUUAUUCGGUAAGUUUUCAUGCGACGAAUAAACGUUGCUUCUGCUGCAACUGCCUACAUUAAUCAUGUUCCUGGUGCUUCCCGAUUUGCACAUUUCAAAAGAAAAGCUGUUUUUGCAAUUAAUAAACCUUAUGGCGUACAGAAACAGCUUCCUAUAAAAACCUGCGAAGCGUGAAGUACCUGGAACAGGCUUAUUUAGUGCGUUCCAGAACGUCUACGAUUUGCAGGAUUUAGUCCAAAGUCGUUCCCGUACACAUAAGGCUUAUUAAAGGCAAAAACAGCUGUUCCGGUAAAACCUGCAAAUCUUGCAAAUCGUGAAGUACGGGAACCGGCUAAUUAUGUGCAAAUGUAAACAACAAAAGAAAGUGCAGUGCUACAUAUGUAAAAAAGUGUAGUAGGACUGGUGAAUGCGGUCAUUCUGGAAGCCAUAGUUUACAAAGUGUAGUGCACAGUUCAACAACUGUGAUUGGGUUUGCUACUUCAUAGCAGCAGAGGAAAUGGAAACAUUGCUCUGCUAUUGCUACUUCUCUACUUGAAUGGAUAAGAAGCACGGCCAGAAUCGGAAAACACACGAGGACCUUUCUUGUUUUACUUGGUUCUAUGUUUCGUUGAGGCACAGAUCAGGUAGGAGAACUAAAAUAUGAACGAAGUGAUAUUUGUAGUCAGAGUAAUAGCACAUACAACAAUAUUAUGAUAGCCUCAACGAAACAUAGCACUAAUUAAAACAAGAAAGGCCUUCUUGUGUUUCCCGAUUCUGACACUGCUUCUCAUCUAUUCAAGUAGAGAAGUUGCAAUAGCAGAUCCACGUUUCCGUGCCACUGCUGCUAUGAAGUAGUGAACUCAACCACUGGUAGUUGUCAUAAUUCGCAGUAGUAACAGUUUAACAUGAAGCAAUGGAUUUGUCACCACUGUUCCUGGGAGAUACCGAAGCGCUCUCUCCACCACGCACGAGCAACACAGAUGUAGCCCUACAUAGAAAGCGCUUUCAUGUGGCACUGCCUUACGAGGAGCGCUUUGUCUCCCAGCCAACAGUAACCACCAACACGAGUGUAGCCACUACAACAACAACAAGCAACACAGGUCAACAAUUUAUCUUGUCUCACCUGCUGGAGAGGCAAAAAGAAAUGUUUGAUGGCGUCAUGGCCGCCAUUGGAAGAGUUGAGUCAAAGGUGGACGGAAUAGCAAAUGCUCUGGCCGAAAAGAUGCCCGAACGCGCGGAAGUUCAAGCUCAAGGGCAGCUACUGCGAGAGUGCAAAGUGGUGACCUCGAAAGUUCACCAAAGUAUUUCCCGAAUCACUGGAGAUGCUAUUAGUAAAGAGCAUACUUUGCUUCAAAGUAUGCUUCCACUAUCAUCCCAGGAAAAGUUAAAUACUUUGGAGAAUCUUUUGGGAAACAAACCACACUCCGAUGCGAUGGUGAACAUAAUUUUAAAAUUGAAGGGUGCUAAGGGUUGUGUGAAACACGUGUUGAGAAGCAUUUUUGCCGACACUCUACUCAUUUCAUACAAUUAUGAGGGCAAAGCCAACAAAGCUCCACUUCUGGGGCUAAAAACAAUAGAAUUAGUUUUCGAUGCGUUUGUGAGUAUGCCCAAAAUUGACCUCAUUGCGGAAAUCAGAAAGCACGUGUUCCUAAGCCACAAUAGGUACAAACUGUAAUAAAAAAAAUGAAACCUAAUAACAAAUCUAACAAUAAUUAAUUUAAUUACCUUAUUAUUAAUCUCUAAAAAAAAGUAACAUAAAAAUUUAAUAACUUUCCAAUCUAAAUUUCAAAAACGUUAUUUAAAUACGGCUAUUCGGGAUUUUUUGUAUAUCGACUGCGGAGUGGAAGAUCGACCUCGGCAGCCAGUUCGAAAAUGCCCUAUCUCAAAAAACUUUUCAAGAACGCCCUAUUUCA